AAUAGCGAAUCUUUUCUUUGCGUAAAUACGACUCACACGUCAACACGUCAUCGUUUCAAAAUGUUUCGUCACAUAAUUCUAGGCGAACAUUUGUUCAAAUCUUUUAAUAGACGAUGAAAUGCUCAGAAAUAUGAUUUGUAUUUUGUUCCACAUCGUGAAUGUGGCGAGGGCUCGCAAUUCCUAGGAAAGAGAAUGGGAAAUAUUUUGGAAAUCGUGUUUCUCUGGACCUUACUGCAGAAGAAUUUAAUUGAUAGUCGCCGGCGCAUCGGUGUUCUUCAUCUGCGUGUCUGUGUUUUCCUUCUGCCUGAAAACUCACCCUGGAAUGAGGGUGGCUUGCAGAAGUGCCAAAGCACCGGAGGACAACUGCACUGAGCCCCAUCCUUAUUUUCAUACGAUAGAUCAUCUGUGCAAUGCAUGGUUUACCUUCGAGUUCUCUGUCA